AUAUUACUGUUUUUCACAAGCUUAGGCGGCAUUAAAGAGUGUUGUUAAUUUAUUAAAGUAGUUUAUUUCAUUCCAUAGUUUUAUACACAUUUUGCCGCUAAUGAUAAUCACUUGUGCAUCUUAAUCAAAAAUGGGUGAUUUUGUCAAAAUAGAAAAAAUCGGUGAGGGUACGUAUGGUGUAGUAUACAAAGGGAGAAACAAGAUCACUGGAAAAAUAGUAGCAAUGAAAAAAAUCCGUCUUGAAUCUGAAGACGAAGGAAUUCCUUCAACUGCCAUCAGAGAGAUUUCUUUACUAAAGGAACUUCAACAUCCCAAUAUCGUUGCUUUAGAGGACGUUUUGAUGGAGGAAGCUCGAUUGUACCUAAUAUUUGAAUUUUUAUCUAUGGAUCUUAAGAAAUACAUGGAUCAGUUAGGUCAAGGCAAACUAUUAUCCCCAGAAUUAGUUAAAAGUUAUUUAUACCAAAUUACACAGGCGAUAUUAUACUGCCAUCAACGCAGAAUUCUUCAUAGAGAUUUGAAACCACAAAAUUUAUUGAUUGAUAAGAAUGGAGUUAUUAAAGUAGCCGAUUUUGGUUUGGGUCGUGCUAUUGGAAUACCAGUCCGUGUUUACACACAUGAGGUUGUUACUUUAUGGUAUAGAGCACCAGAAGUAUUAUUAGGAUCUACAAGAUACUCUUGUCCUGUGGAUAUGUGGUCCAUAGGCUGCAUUUUUGCAGAGAUGGCUACUAAGAAGCCUUUAUUUCAGGGUGAUUCCGAAAUUGAUCAACUAUUUAGAAUAUUUAGAGUACUAAAAACUCCAACAGAAGAAAUUUGGCCUGGUGUCACGAGUCUACCUGACUAUAAAGCAACUUUUCCUAAUUGGACCACCAAUAAUCUUCGUACUCAAGUUAAAAACUUGGAUGAUAGUGGAUUAGAUUUACUAGAAAAAAUGCUGGUUUAUGACCCAAUUUAUAGAAUUUCAGCUAAAACUGCAUUAGACCAUCCAUAUUUUGAAGGUCUUGAUGAAACAACUUUGCCGAAUAUAAAUUAAUAUAUCAUCAAAUAAUUUAUUCAUAAAAUGCCUCCCGAAGGUUAUAAAAUAUGUAAAAAAAUAAUAUGCAUACAAAUAUUUGUAUUUGCUGUAAUAAUUUAUAACAAUUUGCUCUAUGAGCAUUGAUUCUUUUAAUUGUUCAUAAAAUCAUGAAUUUCAAUCCUACUUUUCUAUCCAACCUAAAUACA